GGUGGAGUUCCUGGGCUCGGCGUUUUCCUACAAGUCGGUCAUCGAACAGAUGCACCGCCGCGUAGAACGGCAGUAUCUUUCGAUGCAAGGCCCGUCCCAGCUGCUGACCUGUGGAGAUACUCAUCUGUAAGAUAUGUGAUGCAUACCGCACACACAUCUGUUCAUCCAUUCUUGAUUGUUCCUUUACUGAGCGAGGCUCCCAGGGGAACUACAAUGACCGCAAGUUUCCACGGUCUUCCCUUCGCAGAACCGAGUGACAAUUGGCCUCGUAUAGGCUAUAUUUUCCGGGGUGUCUGUCAUCCAGCACCCACGGCGACGUCUUUCGCUGAAAGUUUGAUUCCAAAUCCUAAACGGAUCAUGUCAUCCGGCCCAUACGGUCACAGCACUUCCUCCCUGGUGACAGCUUCUCCCACCGGUACCGAACCACUUUCGCGGGAGCCCUCUCACGGCGGAAAGCACUCCAUUUGCUGUUCUAUAAUAGUCUCUAUACACCUCGCCCUGACGUUCGUCGUAAUUAUAGGCUGCAGACAUAUGCUACCCGUCCGCAUGAAUGCAACACGGACUGACGUUGCUGAGUCACCGGGCUCGUUGACACGACCAUCGCUCGCCGCAUCGUGUCCUUGUCCAGGUCUCAUGCUAGACCAAUCGCUGUUACAUGGGCUGAACGUCGGUCUCGGCGGGCUCCCAGAGCGCAUCAAAGUGCCCGGUUGCACGGGGAGUCCGUGCAGGGCCGCCAUGGCUUACGAUACGCAUACGACCGAGUGGCACAGAGAAUUCGCCGCUGCAUCCGAGUCGUAAUUGCAAACACACCACACCAGUCGCCGUGGUACGUGCCUGCGACGCUAGUAGGCCAGUCGCAGGAACCUGAAACUCCAGUCGGUGACCACCAAAGCCAGCUCCGCGAAAGCCUGUGCAUUGUACUGUACAGAGCAUGAUGGCAUUGGCGCGUGGCAGCUACCUCAGGCGAUCUGAGUAAAGCUCGACGCUACAAUUCGUACACACGUCAUAUACUGCGACCGUAAAGUAGGCGCGGCCAGGGC